CAGGCCUGCUGUGCAAGAACCAUGGAGGGCAGCACAGCGGAUCCUGCCGCCUUUGGCAUGUCCUCGCUGCCAGAGCAGCAUGAGGAUCAGUUGGCGCUGGGCUUCCGAAUGAUUCAGAAUGCCUACAACAGCAAGGUGCAGACCCUGGAGCAAGAGCUCAGGGGCCUUCGCCUGAGUUAUGAGGAGCAGAAGAACCAGGCCAGCAGCCUGCAGCGGAAAAACUCGGCGCUGGAGGUGGAGCUCGUGGAAGGCCACCAGAAGGCGCAGCAGCUCUCCGAGGAGAACAAGGAGCUCUUUAAGACAGUGCAGCAGUUGCGGCGACAGCUCCAGCGCCUGGAGGGCCUUAAGAAGCGCGUCCUAGAGUCAAUCUCCGAUGAGCAGUCCUUGGAGGGAUCCACCGAGGACUCCAAGCUCUACAUGAGAGAUGAUUACUUGGCCGGCGCUCUGCCCAUGACGGUCGCUUCCAUGCAAGGUGACGGCUUCCCGCAACACCGCCCGGUUGCCCCGCCCACCACCACGCCCGAGUCGUUCCGGCCUGCUUGGGAUGCUCCACCGCUGCCUCAGGAGCCCACCACUGGUGCGGCGCCCAUCGACGGGAAGCAGUUUUUCCGGCAAGCUCGGAACAGCCUGUCCUACGAAGCCUUCAACGAAUUCUUGGCCAACAUCAAGCGGCUGAACAACCAGCAGCAGAGCCGCGAGACGACCCUGGAGGAGGCAAAGCGAAUCUUCGGGCCCGAGCUGCAGCACCUCUACCAGGACUUUGAGCUUUUGCUGAACCGCCACGGCGCCUGAAACCGGGCGCUCUCGGCGCAAGGCGAAGCUCGAGAGGAGGUAAAAACGGAAGUAAAAAGACACUGCAACAGACCUCCCUGGGGUUCAAUCCACCAUUAAAACCUAGGUGCUCCAGUA